CAUUUCUUUGCAAACUUCAGCAACUUGUCUCUCCAAUAAUGAAGUUUCCACUCCUUUCCAUCAUUGUUUUUCUGACUAUUGUGUUGGCGGCAACACAUGCGAUCUUAUCUCCUGAAAUGUACUGGAAGUCCAAGCUUCCUAAUACUCUCAUGCCUGAACCCCUCAAAGAUCUCCUCCACCCAACUGGUUUUAGCACCUCCAUGCUAGUCAUUGUUGGGUUAAAAGGCAUCGAUAAACUUUUGAUCGUUUAUCCACGGAUUUUAUAUGGCAACCGCAUCUUCCAACUUCUGCAACGCAAGACCCAACUCCAUUACAACAACUCCAAUGAGAGUCUCUUCUUUUUGGAAAAGGACUUGAAGGCCGGUCAUAAAAUGAACUUGCUCUUCGUGCACACCUCCAACCAUGCCUCCUUCCUGCCUCGUCAAGUUGUAAAGUCCAUUCCCUUUUCCUCAAGCAAGAUGACUGAAAUAUUGAACAAGUUUGCCGUUAAACCUGGCUCGGUGGCUGCCGAAUUUAUGGAGAUUACUAUGGAAGUUUGUGAAGAGCCAGGAAUGAAAGGGGAAGAGAAGUAUUGUGCGACAUCGUUAGAAUCCAUGGUUGAUUUUGUGACUCUAAAGCUUGGGAAUAGUGUGAAUGCUUUGUCUACAGGAACCAUGAAUCAAACAAAGGAAUUAGAAGAAUACACAAUAAUGCAUAGAGUGAAGAAGGUGGCGGAGACACAGGUGGUGUGUCAUAAGCUCAAUUACGCGUAUGCUGUGUUUUACUGUCACAAAAUAGAGAACACAGUUGCCUAUGCGGUGCCGCUGGAGGGUGCUGACGGGAGCAGAAUGGAAGCUUUGAGUGUUUGUCACAGAGACACAUCACAUUGGGACUCAAAUCAUUUGGCCUUCCAGUUGUUAAAAGUGAAGCCAGGGAGUGUUCCUGUGUGCCACUUCCUUUAUCAAAACACAGUUAUGUGGGUUCCCAAACAAAAUUAAUGUGAACUUCAGUGCUAUGCUUCAAAAAUAAAAGGCACAAAUAGUGUCUGAAACUAGCAUGUCAAAUGAAUUUUAAUAUCCUCUCUAUCUUUAAGAUUUCUAUGUACUAAUAUUUGCAGGUGGCAUGUCUUUGUUUAUGUAUUUUGAUAUAUGAUUCGAAAUUUGGAUAUAUACUCUUUAAGUUCUCA